UGUUCAGUUAGUGGUCACCUGGGAAAGACAUGUCCCUGAUGACCCCAUGGCUUCUUCGGGUAUGAGAGGGAGAAAUCAGUAAGUAAUGCUUUCUUUCCUUUGAAUUCCUAACCCCUGUGGUCUCCAGAUUCCAGGAAAGAUGGAAGGCUCUGGUUUUGCCCUCUGCCUACUCUCUGCUGCGUUUUGUCUCUUCUGGACACCUUCUGUUGGGUGGAAGACACUCCAUUUGGGAAGCUGUGUGAUCUCCACAGAGCUUCAGAAAAUAAGAAAUGAAUUUUCUGAGAUAUGGGGCAGCGUGCAAGCUGAAGACAGAAACAUUGACAUCAGAAUCUUGAGCUCUGUGUCUUUGCAAGACACAAAGCCUUCAGGUCGAUGCUGCUUCCUCCGUCAUCUACAGAGACUUUACCUGGACAGAGUAUUCAAAAACUACCAGACCCCUGACCACCACACCCUCCGGAAGAUUAGCAGUCUCGCCAACUCUUUUCUUACCGUCAAGAGGGACCUCCGGCUCUGUCAUGACCACAUGACAUGCCAUUGUGGGGAAGAAGCAAUGGAGAAAUACAGUGAGAUUCUGAGUCACUUCAAAGAGCUUGAGCCUUGGGCAGCAGUGGUGGAGGCCUUGGGGGAGCUAGACAUUCUUCUGCAAUGGACGGAGGAGACAAAAUAG